AUGAAGAUAGAAACAAGUACAACCGGUCUGAUAUACUCAAACAACGCCGGAAACUACCUAAACAACAUGCACUGCAUCUGGAAUAUGUCUGCCAACAAAAACAUAGAACUGUUUUUCAUGAAAUUUGACACAGAGUACUGUUGCGAUACUGUGUCUUUAUACGACGGCAGUAGCUCCUCCUCUUCUUUAAUCGGCAAAUAUAGAGGAGAUGAUCUGCCUGGAAGCCUCACUAGCUCGUCAUACCAGCUUUAUGUCUCCUUUAGAAGUGACAGGUCUGUCGUAAAGUCUGGAUUUCAAGCUGCUUACCACUGUAAGAUAAACAUGUCCACCAUAGAUAUUAAGAACACUAAUUUUUUGUCGAUUUAUUUGUCAUAAGCUAAUUCUUGCCUAUUAUUGUUUUUUUUUUCUAUCAGUCCAAGGCCAAUCCUUUGUAACGGCUUCAAGUUCAUGUGCAAACCUGCUGAAAGUGGAAUCAUACGCAAGUGGAAUCAUAUUCUCUAACAUGCAUGGAGAAUACAGCUACGGCAUGAAUUGCAGCUGGAGUAUUUUUUCAAAUCUAAGUCUGGAACUUUCCUUUACUCGUUUUCAAACUGAAAGAGGUUAUGAUCCUGUUACUGUUUACGAUGGCUCAUCUUCUUCUUCUCCACUGAUCGGGCGCUUUGAUGGAGACUCGCUGCCACAAAGAAUUUCAAGUUCUUCUCACAAGCUUUUUGUCACUUUUACUAGUGAUGGUUCAGUUUCAAGGUCUGGGUUUGUGGCGAACUACCACAGUAAGAGCUUUCAUAUAGGAAAUUGAACUUUAUAGUCAACGAAGAAAGAAGCUUUGACUACGUUCUGUCCUAUCAUAAUGCACGCUGGAAGCGGCUAAAGCGGGAAAGUGUUGUAGGGGAGAAAUAGGAGACGUAGUCGAUUGUUUUCUCUACUUACAGCUGCUUCCUUAGUGCUUAAAAACAAAAGAGAGCACAGUCCAGGCUUUUUUGUUUGUUUUAUAAAAAAACAUUAUUUUUCCAUUCGUUUGCACACAAUUUCCAAAACAAACCAUAUUUCCAAUUGAACAGAGAUGACAUGAGCGUGCAUCUGUACUCUCAUAAAGUAAUCUAGAAUAUAGAUUUGUAAAAAUGUGUGACAGAGACGCCAGCUUGGAUAUGUAUUAAAUUAUUGUUGUUGUUUUGUAAUGUGUUAUUUUCAAACACAGAACUAUACUAAACAAGUGGUAGCUGUUUCUGAGUUUUAAACUACCGCACUAAUCGUUCUUUCUCAUUCAGCUUGGACUUGGACAACUUGGACAUUUCGUUUAUUGAUCUCUCUGGUGUUUUUUGUUCCUGCUGUCGGGGAUAAUAAUUUUGUUAUUUCGGCACUUGAAACGUUUUUAUAACUCUCUUUGGUUCUUAUCUUGCUAGGCAACAGCUCGACCUUUUCAUCAGUUCCUUGUUCCGAAAUUUCACCUUCUAUCCCUGUGUAAUCUGUGUUGUUACCUACAGGUUGUUCUGUAACAGUUCAAGCUAAGAGGUCAUUUAUAUAUUCCUUUUCUAAAUCAUAUCAGCUGUCUGAGUGAAAAACCACAACAAUGUAUAUAAAAAAUACAAUAAAAGAAUAAAAAUGAUAAGCAAACAAACAAAAACGAAAAACCAAGAAAGAGAAAUCCGAAAAUUGAUCGGCCUUAAAAAGGGUGACGACAGCGUGAUAACAAUUAUUUGCGCGUCUGUAUUCUGAUAACGCAUGUUGUUUCAGCUAUAUAUAUAUAUAUAUAUAUAUAUAUAUAUAUAUUAUAUCUAUAUAUUGAUAUACCACCGAAAAUGCAAUAAAGCACGUACAAAAUAAAGAAAGUCGUUUCAAGGCCAUUAAAAUGACUUGUGUGGAUCUUGAAUAAGAAAGAGAGAUUAAAGCUGGUAUGUCCCAUUUCAACCGAGUCUGUAGGUGACUAUGCGAGUGAAUUCGCUUUUUCUUUCCCUCUGUGACCCCUCUACGUAUUAUCUUCCUUUUGUUUUACAGUCUCAGGGAAGCUAUUUGCCACAGCCUCAAGUUCAUGUGCAAACGUUUUGACUGUUCGGUCCAGUACAGGUGGAAUGGUAUAUUCAAACAGAGAUGGUUUCCACUCCGACAAUAUGUACUGCAGUUGGAGCAUAUUUUCUAAUACCAACCUGGAACUGAUAUUUUUCAGACUCGAUACGGAAAGCAGUUUCGAUUCUGUCUACGUGUACGAUGGUGGAUCCUCGUCCUCACCUUUGAUCGGGCAAUAUCAUGGAAAUUCUUCGCUUGCAGCCAUUGCAAGCUCAUCCAAUCAGCUUUUUGUCAUCUUCACCGGCGAUGGCUCAAUUGUAAGGUCUGGAUUUGCAGCGAGCUACCACGGUAAGGAAUAUCAAUACCCCUUAAAGUCAAAAUAGUAAGCCACUGUUCGCGCUUUAAUACAAACUUGAAUGUCUAGCGUGGAAACGGAGAAGGUCUUUAAUGCAUAAUUGUUCGUGUAUAUGUUUAAAAAGGCCAUGAAAUGUGAUUUGAUGUUCUUUGGAGACAUCAGUUAGACUCAAUGAUUACCGCAGAUGCACCAUCGAGGUAUCUAUUCCGUGUGUUGUUACUCUUAGUAUUAUCAUACAUUUUUCGGUUUACUCAAACGAUGCCUUAAGAGCAAUAGUCAAUAACUUUCGAACUUUUUAAAAAGAUCACGGCCACUUAACCUCACCGAUCUGGCUGAAAUCUGGUACGAAGGCUAAUUUUAGGGUCCUAACCACGGAGUUGGUAUUAAAAAGUUCCAGUUGUUUUUGCUUGACAGAAAGUCAUUAAAGCCGACCAAGUCCGCCCAUACUUGCCCGCCAACGUGGCGUAUCGAAGGUGUUCUUACGACUUCGACUCCAGUCCUGUCGUAAAGAUUUUAUAAAAUCACUUGAGAUAAACAAAAAGAUCUACCCUUUUCCUUAACAUUUAUUGGAAAAAAUGUGGGAAAUGACAGAUUUUGAUUACAGGUUAUCCCAACGUUAAAAGGUCGUUUUGCGCCGCCUUGAACAGUAAAAAAAUUUACCCCAACUUGUUAGCCUGAUAUCUCUAAUGUUACCGCGAUCCAGAAGUUGCCAUUUACAACAUGGCACAAUGUUUCCUUAUGGAUGAAUUGAAUCCAUUAAUAAAAAAAUGGGGAAAUUUAAAGAUCAAAGGAGAAAAUUUAUUAAUCUAUGAUGACUUAGCUAUAUUUGGGACCAGCUCCUAAUCACCUUACCGGUCAGAAGUAAAGUCCAAGUAGUUAUUUCGCCCAGAAUGAAAGCAAAUUUCUAAUAUUAUGGAAGUAUCAGUUGAUUUUGGGCAAAAGCGAAUAUAUAUGGGCGACAUCGUCGCAAUGGGAUAAGUAUUUGGUUACCCAAUUAGUGCAAACAAUAGAUCCGGUAUUGACGCUCGGAGGGGUUGAUUUCACUUAACCAUUUUGAGUACGAAAUAUUUCGAAAAAAAAAGAAGAUUUUUGUGAAUUCCAGCCCAGUUUAUUUGGUGGUGGUGACUUGCUCAAAAUCUGAGCCUGUAAGCUACAUUUGCAGUUGAUCCUCCUUGUCACGCCAAUGAUUUAGAUUUUCUUCGUUAGAUAUUUCGUAAAUUACAUUGUGUUUUUGAGUGGGUCUUAAUUUCAUUUUUCUUAUCUUUCAACUUUCUUAUCAGUAUAAAGGAAACCCAACCUUUCAGGAUACUUCCUUGCAAAUUUUUUUUCACCAACGUUGAGCGCAAAAUACUCACAUGAAGCGCCCUUAUUAAGGCAGACAUUAAUUAAGUGUUGUUUGAAAUAAACAUCACCUCGUUGGAAUGCGCGCGAAAUCGCUAAUUGAGUUUGCUCUAAGAUCUAUUUUGCUUUGAGGGGCUGUUCUUGAAGGAUAUUUUUUAAAACUCCUUUCGAUGGCUUUAAACUAGCUUUACACUUAAUCUAUAUGAAAAAUUAAACUAUGAAUUCGAAUUGAAUCCGUGUUCAUAACUGAAUUGUCGGUAGAGAAAACGGAAGUUAAGACCCAAGCCCUAAGAAACCAUACUUCAUUUACUUUUUGAUGGCAACGAGAGAGGUACGGAAGCCGAAAAGGGACAAUCCAAAAAUGUUUUACAAAUCCGAAAAAAUAUUCAGAAUCGAUAUCUUUUAGACAAAUCGCUUUUGAAAAGUUUGUCAAAUCGACAAAACAAAUUCAAAUCCGUGACUUUCUACUCAUUUACUGAGCUUUAAAACUCUCGACCUUGUGGACCUUUACUUAAUCGUCUAGAAAGACUUGACAUUUCCGGUUCAAACUCCACCCCAAUUCUCUUCCUUUUUAAAAAAAAAAAUGAGCUUGAGUAGGGCAUUUGAACAUAAUUUUGGCCCCGGAGGUUGGAAUUUGAACAACUGAUUUUCAAGAGUUAAAUUUCCACGGGGGAGGGAAGUUGUAGUUUCGAAUUGAUCGAUGCAUAAACAUGACACUUGUCUCAGCACCUACUCUAGCCUUCAGUAAUUGAAUUUCGCUUCUCAAAGACGCAUCAACAACGUUUAAGCCCCAUAAAUGAGGCUUUAUGUCUCGAGUACAUCGUAAAAGAGAUGUGUACUCGCUCUACUGCAUGGUAUGUUCGGAACUAUCCUCAGCAAACCUUGAGAAACCGCUCUUGAUCAACAUUAUUCUAGAGCAUUCUCUUCAUGCAAAGAUAUGGAAAAUAAACUGGAUUAAAAUGGAAGGUAAUCACAGACAUAGUAAGUUUGGCUUUCUGUUAAAAACGAGAACUUUUCCAAUAUUUUACCUCAACGAAACCGACAUCUUAGUGUUCACUACAAAAUCAAAACAAAUUCCAAUAUUUGUACUUGUUGUGGGCAAAAUUGUCAAAGAAGUAUGAAGAGGGGUGAAAUGAUAAAAAACCAUGAACCUUAUCUAAAUAGGAUCCUCAAAUAAAGCAAUAAAUUUCCGCUUUUCGACUCAAGAUUAAACUUGAUUGCUUGUACAUUCUCACAGGUUCAAGUUGAUGUCUAUCUCAAAGGACAUUCCGUUUCUUGUGUGUGGCCACUUCCAGAGUGUAUUACGUUGGUAUUUAAGGCUUACUUUUGAUGUAAAUGAAAAUUACUGUAACGGACUUGCCAGAGGUUGGGGAAUUUCUUAUGCUGCAAACUUGAGAAAAUGGUGAACUGACUUCUGUUGGAAAACAUGGUAAAUUUGCGUAUCAUUUACGAAACCGACUGCUUUUACCAAUAGUAUAUAAGAAUUGAUGAGAAUGUUUCUCUCACAAAAUCUUUUGAUCUCAAAACGGUAAGCGAAUUAAACUCUAAGCGUAAUUGCGCGCGGUUUGUUUAAAUUCAAUUAGUUACCUAAAAUCGUACCGUUGCAGCAAUUUUGCUUGAACAUUAUCACAUUUAUGUUAAGUCAAAAGAUAUUUCCAUACAAUCAAGAAAUUUUCCGGACGAUAAAUGUACUUUAACCGUUUUCUUCUGAUCGUAAAUUGAUUUAAGAGCUUUUAGGACUAGGUCCCAAACAGGUCAUUACGGGUUGAUAAUUUUUUUUCCUUGACCAUUUCUUUUCCCCCAUUUUUGUUUAUGAAAUCUGUUUAUCUAUGAACAAACUUGGUUGACAGUAAAUGGUAACUCCUGGAUCGAGGUAAAACUGGAGAUAUUCGGUUAAUAAGUUGGGGUAAAUUUUCCUUUGUUCAAGGCGGCCUAAAGCGACCUUAGAACGUUGGGAUCACAUUUUGUUAAAACCAGACAUUUGCCAUGUUUUUUUAAAUAACUACUAAGGGGAAGGGAAGAUCGUUUCACGGAUAUCACGAGAUUUUGACUGAAAUCUUUACAAUAGGAUCCGAGUUGAAUUCAAAAGAUCACCUUCGAUCCGCCAUGUUGGAGGGCAAGUAUAGGCAGACCAAGGACACUUUCCCGUUUUUUGGCAAGCAAAAAUAACUGGAACUUUUUAAUAUCCAUUUCGGGAUUUGGAUCAUAAAGUAAGACUUCAUGCCAUAUUUCAGCCAAAUCGACGAAAUGAAGAGGCCGACGAAAGUUCGAAAGUUACAGACUACCGCAGUUAAAUGUUUUUUUUAGAUUGAAAUGCGUCCAAGCAAAUCAUCUACAUAUACGUACGUAACGCUUUUAUUUAUAUACUAUGAAAACCAAAGCUACGGCCUUGUGCGGUUUGUGUAAAAAAACUCGAAGUGGAUUGAAACUAUCAAUUAUGAACAAAUUAAAACUAAUAAGAACUAAUUUUCCAUUACGCUCCUAGCUGAUAGAGAGGCUAUUAUAGUUAAAUAGAUGAAAGGUCUAGCCAUCUCGCUACUGUAAGAGGUAUUCUGGCUUGUGUAGCAUGAAGCGUUUGUCAUCUUUUUAUAGCUGUUGACACAAUCCGCCUAAUGGGAGGAGGCUCACCAUUGGUUGGAAGGGUAGAGGUUUUCCAUAGCGGCCAAUGGGGAACAAUUUGCGACGACAGGUGGGACAUAAACGAUGCCAAGGUAGUAUGCAGACAACUCGGUCUCCCUCCAGCCACCCAAGCCUUUGGAAGGGCUACGCAUGGACGAGGUUCUGGUCAGAUAUGGAUUGAUGAUAUUCAUUGUUCAGGAUACGAGUUACACAUAGACGAGUGCAACCAUGGUGGAUGGGGAAAUCAUGAUUGUGUACACGACGAAGACGCUGAUGCAGAAUGCUCCUCUAUAAUCCCUUGAUCUGGUGAAUUUUAUUGUAAUUUUCUGUUUGAAUUGCUCAACCGAAUGUAACUGAAGGACAAAGAAACAGAAUUUUCAAAGUUUCUUGAAUUUUUUAAGCUCUUUCAAUGAAUAGUAACGGAAAAGCAUGCUGAAGAGCCUAAUCCAACAACAUUCUUCGCGCUUUUCCUUCAAACUUCGUUGUUCAGGUGUGGGAU